UGACUGUACAGAGGAAAUAAAAUAACCAUAAAUGGUGUAUACCUUUGAGUUUCCGCUAGGUGGCGGUAGUGUACAGUACAUUCUAUGUUAUAGUUUACGAAGAAGAAUGGAAAACACAGGAAGUUAGGUAUUAGAGGAAACCAGCGUAAGCUAUCUUUUGUUUUGUUUUCGUUUUAUGUAGCAAAGAGACGGUCAGUUUUGACAGCGCGAUAAGAGUUAGUUUAUGGGUUAUGUUUCGUGAAGUUCGUUUGUAAAAAUCGUUUUUUCUACAAGAGCUGGUGACGUAAAGUGUUUAUUUUUUUUAGUUAGCUUCCUAGGCUAACAACAGAGCUAAAGGCCCGUUGAGGAUCUGUUCUUUGUGUUGGAUUUUCCUAGAUAUUUUUUUAACUACUUCGGUGAAGCGGUUGUUGUUUUUAUAUAUUUGAGUACCCUUAUUGCCACCGAAUUCGUUUAGUUAUUCUGGAAAACAACGACCGUAGUUUUAUUGUUUAUACUUGGCUAAUCCCACAAUUAAAAACGCAGUACUAAGAGGGUGACAGUGAAAAGGGGAACCCACCACUUCAACAGAAAAUCCGCAAAUCAAUCACUUAGCUAUGUAUGCCCCACCGGGUCCUGCUGUCCCCGGAGGUCGGAGGAGGAGAGCCGGUACCUCACUUCCCAAACAGCCGGAGCGGAGUCUGGUGUCGGCUCUUCCCGGAGCUUUGUCCAUCACAGCGCUGUGCACGGCUCUGGCUGAACCCGCUUGGCUCCGGAUUCACGGAGGCACCUGUCCGAGACCAGAGCUCGGGGUGGCAGAUGUCUUGGGUUACGUUGAUCCCAACCUUUUGGGAGAUUACUGUGUGAAUCCGCAGACCAUCCUGCUGCUAAGGGUAAUAGCUGCCUUCUGUUUCCUUGGCAUCCUGUGCAGUUUAACUGCAUUCCUCCUGGAUGUGUUUGGACCCAAGCACCCUGCCCUAAAGAUAACCCGCAGAUAUGCUUUUGCACAUAUACUAACAGUGUUGCAAUGUGCCACAGUCAUAGGCUUUUGCUACUGGGCAUCAGAACUGAUUUUGUCACUGCAGCAGCAACACAAAAAGUACCACGGUUCUCUCAUUUACGUCACCUUCGCCAUCAGCUUCUACUUGGUGGCAGGUGCUGGUGGAGCAUCCAUUCUCGCCACGGCUGCCAACCUCCUGCGUCAUUACCCAACCGAGGAGGAAGAGCAGGCCUUGGAGCUGCUCUCAGAAAUGGAGGACAGCAGCGAGACUUUCCCCGCUGACUAUGACAUUGCCAACCAGUUUCAGCCACCUCCUGCCUACACGCCAUAACGCUGGAAAUGAAAUGGCGGCGCGGCCUCGGGUUGUUUUUCCCUCUCGGCACAGCUCUUUGCUUGAUGCGUGAAUCACAUUCUUUAUCAAAUGGAUAUCUCUGCAAAUAUUCUUGGCAAUGAAAACAGUUUUUGUACCGUUGGUGCACUGAUUCAUUUAAUGAAAGUGCUUAGGUGCAUGAAAGCUUUUAUUUGGUGGUGACAGAAAUUUAGGAGAGGAUUUUUAAUUUCAACAUGGGAUGGUUGAAUAUCUGCAUGUAAAUGGCUUGCAGAAUUUGAUCUUUACAUGUUAAAAAAAAAAAAGCAAUGAGUGCAAACCAGUCCUCCCUUAGAUUUGGAUGAUGCAGCCUGAGCCCGACCGGCUCUUAGCAGAUUGUUGGUGUUUGCAGUGGUUGGAGAUAGAUGGCGCUUUGCUAAGCAGCAUUUAGAUUUAAUUUGAUGUGCUUGCCAUAUAUAUAAAUAUGAUUAUUUUGUAGAUGCACCAUAGAUGCAACAUCAUCUGUACACUGUCAAGAUUGUUUUAAAUUUUUUUAUUUUUAUUAAAAUGGACCUUAUUUAUUGCAUACUCUUUUCUUUUUGUUGUUAAUUGUUCUUUUGCUUCGUAGACGUUUGUCUGGUUGUAAUCUGUGUUCAUUUUUAUUUUGGGAAUAUGUCAUGAAUGUGAGAUUUAGGGUGUUUAAAAACACAAUCCAGGUUUGUGUUUAGUUGUGAGGUGGAUGUGUAAAGAAAGGGAGAUGCCUGAAAAAAAAAGAAAAGAGUUUGAAUGAGUAUGUAAAGUUACCUUUUAUUUGAUUUUUUUUUGUCUUCAAAUUGUUCUUAUUUGUAUUUUGUGACUGUGUGACGGAUCCAUCGUGUCUUACCCAUGCAUGAGUUCUUUAGUGUGCAAUUUUUACGUUUUAGCCUGAAUCUUCUCACUUAGUUGAGACUUGGAUUUAGGCUGAUGUGUUACUAGUUGGUUUUUACAAUGAUUUUCCAUUAUUAAUCUUUGCUAUACUGUCAGCAGUAUGUACAUAUUGAUUGCUUACAUCAAGUGAUCCUAAUAAAGUCAAAGUCAUA